GCUUCAGGGAAGAAGUCGUAAUGGUAAAAUGUGGGACAUUGGUUGCAACCUUAGAAGAAUGCAAGACAGUGCUUGGUGGCACACAAUGCGUUCACGAGAAUUAUGUAAGGGUGGCUGGUGCAAUGUAUACGCGCAUGUGGCGGAGGAAAUUUGGAAACUCUAGUAUACGUUUUAUGAUCGAUCCUACAUUUGCGGCUCGGGUAUUUGAGAAUGUGCAGAGCUCGGGAGAUUGGAACGAUUGUCGUGAAAUUGGAUGUGCUGUCGCUAAAGGAUUUAAGGGAGUUCACGCCAAUCGUAUAUUUGGGGUCUUUGUUCCAGUUUUGGAAGACAGAAAAUGGUGGUGUGCUGCGUUUUCUGUUAACAAUGAGGAGGUGUGGGUCAUAGAUGCACACCGUCCAAAUUCAUUGGAGCACCAUGCAAAGGCCAUUGAGGAAUUGGCGAUUGGGGUUGAUAUUCUGUUCUCAAGCUUUGAAGGGCAAUGGGUACCUGGGAAAAUAACAAAAUGGGAGAGGAAGGCAGUGAAUAUAGACGACGCCCAUGGUGAAUGUGAUGAAAGUAGGAUCCACAUGCUAUUGGCAAUAAAGGGGUGUGCAGCGCGUUACAAAUUUGAGUAUUUAUCGCCUGCUAAUAUAAAGGAGGAAAGGGGACAGUUUCAAAAAAAACUUCCUCGAAAGACAGGAAAAGCUCUCCCUUGA